AUGUGCCACGCACUUCUCGCGUGUUGUGUCUUCUUCUUGCGUGGACUAGAACAUCUCAAUGUGCAGCAAGGUCGAAUGGAAAACGAGAGCAAUUCGGUAAUUCUGGAAGGUCGAAGCGCCUCCAUCAACACCCCAGUGACCCACCCCACUUCGGACGAGCUACCACGCAAGAUAACCUGCUGCAUCUUCACAAACCUGAGUGGUCUUGGCACAGAGACGGGCAAACUUCUUCGAUCCAAUGGCGCUAAGCUGGCUUUACUUUAUGCUCCCUUCGAGAAAUCGAGAGUUGAUCCCACGAUAGAAUCAGCAUAUGGAGCCAAUGCAGACGAUGUGAAGGCCUACGAAUGCGAUAUCACAAUUGCCACCUCGGUUCACUCCGCUUUCGCCGCCAUCGCUAAAGAUGAUGCCGCAUUUUCCUGGCUCUUGGUGAAUGCAGCAGGCUAUGUAAACCUGCAGCCCUUGGAGUCUUUCCCGGAAGAUGAUGUCUACAAGCACUACAUGAUCAAUCUCUACGGGCCAACUUUGACUGGCAAAGCGUUUGCCAACGCUUAUGUUGCAGCAGCCAAAAAGGCUGGAGAUUCUGCGCCCGGCGGAAGAAUAGUCAAUAUCGCGUCGCAGGCGGCACAUGUAGCACUUCAUCAUCAUGGACCGUACUGCGCGAGCAAGGCUGGGUUGAUUGGGUUGACCAGAUGCAUGGCGUCUGAGUGGGGUCCCAGAGGCAUUACUGCAAACUCCAUCUCACCCGGACCUGUGAUGACUGAGCUCGGGAAGAAAGCAUGGGGUGACGAGAAAUUGAGAGAAGAGUACCAAAAGGCUGUGCCUAGUGGCAAGUUUGCCGAACCAUUUGAGGUUGCAAGGAUUGUCGACUUCCUGGCACGAGACGAGGCCUUGAACAUCAAUGGAGAUGAUGUGCGACUAGACGGUGGCUUUACAGGAAUCUGGGCGACAGUUUCGAAGGAUCUAUUCAGCUAUCGACACAGUCUACACACCGGACCUUUUCGAGCAAAAGCCGGGCAAAUGCACUGCUUUCCAUUUUCCGUCAACGCUCUUCAGCCACCAGCAGGCUUUCCACCGACUUUUCAACUAAAAUUCUACAACCACCCAUACAACAUUGAAAUGGCAGUAAAGCAAGAGCUCACAGCGGAAAUCAGACUACCCGGAAUCAAAAUCAGAGCUACGGGUCCUGGCUUGAAAGACAUCAACUAUGUCCCACCCCCUGCACCGGCCCCCUCGCAACAACUCCAAAGAAUAUUCUACCGACAACGCGUCGCAAUUCAAAGCCGAAACCUCCUCCGAGAGAGCGAACGCGCACACGGAUUAUCGCGGUGGUACAAACACCACAUCGAACGCCGACCCUACCCCACCCUCCCCUUCGACGUCCUCUGCAGCUCCCGACAAUCCCACAUCCACACCGGCCAAAACCUCGAAUUCGACCUCAUCCUCAACCCAACUUCCAUCGACUCCAUCACAACAACCACCCCCAUAACCCUAAAAUCCUUCACCGUCCAUCUCCUAGCCAUAACGAAAAUCGACUCCCUCACCCUUCGAAGCUGCUGCUCAAAUUUCUUCCAAGAUAUCCGCGUCGUGCAAAUUUUAGAAAGGCCCUCUUCUUUCCCGUUGACUUUCCCUGCACAACUUCGUCACCACAAAACGAGGAUUGCUUUGGGCCCUGUUGCGGAACAUAUGCCUGCUUUCCAGCAUGCGAAAGUCGAGAGGAAAUAUGAGUUUCGUGUGAAGUUGGUGUUUCAAGUCGCGGGGAAGGUUUCGGAGGUGAAGUUUUUGAUUCCUGUGAAGAUUUUGGAGCCGCGAGUGGGUUUGGGGGGUGGUGAUGCGAGAGGGUAUAAUGAGAUAGGGGAUCAGGAGGAUGACUUUUUGGAGGAGGAGGAUGAUGAGGAUUUGGAGGAGCCGUUACCGAUGUAUAGGAAGGGUCUGCCGGAGGGCGAGGUGAUGUUGCCUGGGUAUUUGGAGAGGGAGGAGGGGGUGUGAAUGGGAUGGGGAGUUAUGGGUGGGAGUUUUUGUUUUGAUGCGUGGGAUUGAGGAGUUGUGAAAGUAUGGAAAGCUGGCUCUAGUACUCUUUUCGCUCGUGUGUAGUUCUCCAUGUAUACCAAGCUAAUCGUC